CUAGCUGCGACUGCUGGUUGGCUGAUGGAAACGGCACAUCGUCACUUCACUUUCACGCUUUCAUCAAACUUCGGAUGAAGUGUUGUUUAAAAAGAUUUCUAAAAAUUCUCUGUUAACACUUCAAAUGGCUACAGACUCCUGGGCGCAGGCAGUCGAUGUUCAAGAAGCUACCACAGUUCCCGUGCAGUUUGACUUCUCAAGAAAAAACGACCGAAUGGAGUUUUCACGUCGCGUGAGGGGAGAAAUAAACGGAAACAUUGUGCCAAACAAAACUGAAAAUGGUGGCAGGAGGGACGAGGGGGACCGACCGGACCUGGCCGAGCAGUCCCUGUUGAAUAAAAUGAUCCGCCACACUUUGGUGAAGAACAGAAACCUGGUGGAGGUUCUCCAAAGAGACCCCACCUCUCCUCUGUACUCCGUGAAGACUUUCGAAGAGCUGAGGCUGAAACCUCAGCUGCUUCAAGGUGUAUACAACAUGGGCUUCAACAGACCCUCCAGAAUUCAGGAGAAUGCUUUGCCCAUGAUGCUGGCAGAGCCACCUCAGAAUCUAAUUGCCCAGUCGCAGUCUGGCACAGGUAAAACAGCUGCUUUUUCACUGGCCAUGCUCAGCCAUGUAAACCCAGCCAACAAAUGGACUCAGUGCCUUUGCAUUUCACCUACAUACGAGCUUGCUAUGCAGAUUGGACAAGUAAUUCAGCAAAUGGGAAAAUUUUAUCCUGAAGUGAAAUUGGCAUAUGCCAUUCGCGGCAAUAAAAUGGAUCGAGGCUCCAAGCUGCAGGAGCAGAUUGUGAUUGGGACACCAGGCACAGUCCUAGACUGGUGCACAAAGCUGAAGCUUAUCGACCCAAAGAAGAUCACUGUGUUUGUGUUGGAUGAGGCUGAUGUCAUGAUAGCCACACAGGGUCAUCAGGACCAGAGCAUUCGCAUCCAGAGACUGCUACCAAAGGACUGCCAGAUGCUUCUUUUCUCUGCAACUUUUGAGGACUCUGUGUGGAAGUUUGCAGAGAGGAUUGUUCCUGACCCAAAUAUCAUCAAGCUGAAGCGUGAGGAGGAGACAGUGGACACCAUCAAGCAGUUCUAUGCGUCGUGCAACGACAAGGAGGACAAGUUCACAGCACUCUGUAACCUUUAUGGAAGCCUUACCAUUGCCCAGGCCAUGAUCUUCUGCCAUACCCGCAAAAUUGCUUCGUGGCUGACUGCACAGCUGACCAAAGAGGGCCACCUUGUGGCCUUGCUGAGUGGGGAAAUGACAGUGGAGCAGCGAGCUGCCGUUAUUGAGCGCUUCAGAUGUGGCAAGGAGAAGGUGCUCGUGACCACAAAUGUGUGCUCCAGAGGUAUUGAUGUAGAGCAAGUCUCAAUUGUAGUCAACUUUGAUCUUCCUGUGGACAAAGACGGGAGAGCUGACUGCGAGACAUACCUUCACCGGAUUGGCCGCACAGGACGUUUUGGCAAAAAAGGUUUUGCCAUCAACAUGGUGGACAGUCCACACAGCAUGAAUAUUAUCAAGCAAAUCGAGGAUCACUUCAACAGGAAAAUUCUCAAACUCAACACUGACGACCUUGAUGAAGUUGAGAAGCUGAUCAACUGAGUACAUUGCUUUAUGCAGUUAGACAUGUUGCCUGACACUUGAGUCUUCUCAAGGGUGUACUUAAUUGUUUACAUAAGAGGUGCUCACUAAUCCUGACUAUGCAAGCGUUAUUAAGCGUUAUUUCAUGGCAGUUUGUGCCAAAAAGUUUGCACUUGCAUAUUUAGAUUUUAUUACAUUUCAUCUUAAUUUGUUUGAUCUAACUCACUUCAGCCUUGAAAGCGGUAUACCUACUUGCUGCUGCAACAGCAUAUUACUGAAGGUUUGUUAUCAUACUGCUGUUGAAAGUUUGCAGUGUUGAUGUGUCUGAUUUUCUGAUACUAAGAAUGGAAGUGAAUUAUUAGAAUAAUUCUCAAGGUAAACAGGGCAUUGUUGGGACAUGAGAGAUGGGAGGUAUCCAGUAAAACAGGAUUAGAAAGUCAGCCAGAUAAGUGUGGAAACAAUUGUGCUAUAUUGUGGUGGUGGUGAUUUGAGUGUGCAAAACAAAACCUAUUAGGAUUAAGAGUGUGAUUCAUUCAUGCAUGUUGAUUAUGGCAAAUAAAUAAUAUAUAUAUUUUUGUUACACAUUUUUAAGUUAUCUGGCUAAUUUGCCAAUCCUGCCUUGUGGAGCACCCCCAUUGUCCCAUAAGUGCCUGUAUAGCUUGAUCAAGACUGAGUGGAGAUUAACUAUCCUAAAGUGACUUGAAGCAUUUAAAGAGUUAAAGUGCCUUAUUUCAACUUUUUAUUGAUAGUUGACCUCGUUUGUUUCCUGCAGCUUAAACUGUGAGUGGAGCUGUUGCUCUGUUUUUGUUUGGGGUAGGGGCAGCAGAAAAAACAAUCACAAAACACAUAUUGAAGAAUGUAGAAAAAGAAAAGUUGAGAUGUAUGUGUGAAAUUAAAAUGUGAAAUUUAUUUGCUGCUCAAAAGGUUAUUUUUUAACAUUGCAUCAUUGGCUUGUCAGUUGACAGGUUUUUGGCAUCAACUACUGAAACCACUGUGUUGAAAGUAUUUAAAAGAAGAAGCUUUACUGAACAGAACACUGCAAAGAAAAUAUAUCCCUGUGCAGUAUAAUCAUAAGGCAAUAUGCUUCACUGUUUACAAAAGCUGAUCCCAAUAAGCAGCCUUUAACCCAUUUGUUCUUUGUGUACUUUAAAUGCGGUUUGUAAUGGUGGAGUAAUAAAAUUUGCCCACUUAA